AGCGAAUGACGUAGAGUCAGAAAUUAACUGUAGGUAGCUCCAACAGUGGACAUUAGAAGACUCAAUUUGUAUGAGCCACCGCGCGUGAAAAGUGGACGCCAUAGUGGCGCAGGAUCGCACACGUGCUGCUGCGUCGCCGCGGCGUUUUUCAACACCGUUUUACCGGCUGAUGUACUACGCUUGCGCAAGAACCCGCGUCCAAAGCCUGACGCAUCAGUAUUGAGGAAAGCGCAGGGAACUUGCGAUCGAUUUCGGAAGUUGCUUUCCGGAGAUUCACGACAAACGGCUAGGAUUCGACUAGUCUGCCUCUAGAAGUGUCUCCCAGAGAACUUUUCAGGUUCUUUGACCAGUUCCUCAUCGUUCAGUUAGGGCUACGCUCUCCACCUGAAUCCACUUGUUUUCAAGCUGCCUAGGAUCGGUGGCUUUUUCUUCGCAGGUGCAUUUCGUUGGGCGUGGUCCAAUUGCAGGUGCUCGUUAUCCACGACGCGAUUAUUGUUGACCGAGGAGAAUCGUGUCUGCUGCUGCUUUUGCUGCGAGCGGUAUCUCAACGGCGCAGAUUUUCACCCUGGGAGCGAAGUGCGAAAACCGGUAAAGCUUGUAGUUCCAUCCUCAGAUCGACGACAUGGCUUGUGGGUGAAGUAGAGUGCAACACACAAAAAGGCAGAAGCUAGGUUUCUCAGAAAGACGAUAGUAGCGAAAGGAUAAAAGGCAUUUGGAAGUGGAGGGAGCAGCAGGAGUAGUACGAGUAAAGGAAGAAAGAUUCGAAGGGAGGCACUCUCUCUGCAGGUCGAAGACAAAGUAUUACUCAUCGCCUUGCUGUGUGGGUUAUACAUCAUAGUUGUACAACUUAGAGGACGAGACGACCUUCACAUAGCGAACAAGAUACUCGUUCUGAAAGACGCGAUUCGCCUUAUUGGCUAACAGUUUUCCUUGUGGCGUUACAUCGCUUCACUCAUAACGAUUUAUUGCCGAGCAGCACACGCGCGCGUGGUGCGUCAUAGGGCGAAGUGAUUCAGCAUAGCGAUUCGUUUGUAUGGCAGAGUCAAUUUGCACGUGAGGGAGCCGAAUACCGACACUGGGACCGGCUUUUUUGCUUUUGGCAUCAGCGAACUUAUUUGCCGUCAAUUGAUUCACUGCGAGGUGGACGCUGCCCACGAAUCUGAUCGCCAAUUAUGACGGACAUAAUAAACGCACAGAACACAGCAGGCAGGGUAUCGAAAGAUUUUGUACUUUCAGGCUUAGCCUUUUAUCUUGCGAGGACAUAGCUACGGCAAACAGGUGUUGCGAUGAACAACGUCUCUGGAAAGAUAAGAGGUUACAACUCCUUUCGCGAGUGCAUACGCUUUGAUAUCCAUGUGAAGUACCUAAGUAGCUUGAAAUGUAAAACUCUUUACAUUUAUUUAAUGGUUCUCAUUUUCAGCUCCUGCACACAACGCCGGGCCUUGCCGAUAGAGUUGCGCAGCCGCCACUUCAGAGAGAAAUAGACGUUUCCAAAGUUCCGGCUAACGAUAAGGACAACCUCAUACGAGACUUACAGGCGCAACUCGACGAUGAAAUCAACAAGAAUAGACAACUAGAAGCUCAGUUCAAGUACUAAUAGAGUUCUAGGUCCUAGUAACUUCUUGUCCUUGGAUGUUUGAGGUAAUAUUGGAGUAUGGUGCUUCCCGUUAGGCCCCUCAAACGAAGAUGAUAUAGAACAUACCUUUUCCAGGUACCGAGUUGGCUCUUUUGUGAAGCGGGAGACCCAAGCUAAAAAAACAAUAGAAGCAUUGGAGAGGCAGCUCCAGGAUAGGACCGAUGAAGAACACUAUCAGCGGAUGCAGGUACUGUCCACAACUGUUUUUGACAUUCGUGGAAAUCAAAUGACACUAACAAUGCUAGGCCUGACGACGGACUCCUUCAACCAAACAAGACUACGCGGCUCGACUCCUUCCUCCGUUCAGGACUAUCUCGUUCAUCGUUUGAUAUUUUCAAAUUUUCUUGCUUUUUUUCGUCCUCAGCACCACGAACUAAAUCUCACCACGAAAUCUUCUCCAGGUUAUCCGCAAUAUGCAGGAUAGUGUGCUCCAGGGACUCGAAGGCAUCCAAAAUAACACUGCGAAAGUGUUGCAGGAACAGGAGAAAGAUCUGAUGAGAAGCUUCAGGGCAAGACUUCAAGACUUGACGAAGGAGUUGGAAAAUCAGAAAGCUGCUAAGGUACUUGGAAAAAGGAUUACCACGUGAAGCACGACGUAAAGGUCAAACUAAGAACUCAGCAAUAUGUGAUUACUUCGACAAAAGGAUCACAUCGAUUUAUUUCGGGGAUUCUUGUCUUGGUCUGGUAGUUCAUCAAGUACUUACACUCAGGGUCCUCAUGAUUCCAAAAAUAUCUCACGACCGCAGGGCAACUAUUCAGCAGAGCUACAGGCAAGGCAUCAGCGGGUGCUUCAGGAGUUGCAGGCGUCGCAGGAGUUAGCCGCAGUAUUUGACAAGAAGAACCAGCAGUUCAUUGCGGAGAACCAGAAGCUGCAAGACAUAAUAAAGACGAGAGAGGUAAGUAGGUCAAUUUCUUUUACACUUACUACAGUAGAGGUUACAUGAUCACUUUCUUUUAGGUAGGCCAAGGUCUACCCAAUAGUCUUCCUCCUUUUUCAAACAACUUACUGUUUUGAUGCGUCCUCCAUGACCCUAGGUUAAAGAGCUCUUAUUACUAUCAUCAGUGUGAAGGAACUCAAUCAACGUCAACUCGAUAUGAUCCGUUUCUCUAGGACGACAGGCAUGCACUUUUGAAAGAGCUCGUGACCGCUAAGAAAGAGAAUACCAAGCUCAAAGUGGAGGUGCAACAAAAAGAAGAGCGUGUCAAGGAAAUCUCAGUUGCCCUGCCGACGUCUGAUAGCAGCCAGAAGAUUGAGGCAAAGAGUGUACUCGAUAAAACAAAGAGCGAUAGGUCGAAAUUCCUUGCGAGCACGAAAAACAAAGCGUACCUCCUUGUCUAAUUGUGCUCUUCUAAUUAGCCAAUUAAGAUGAAGUAGUUUUUGACUGUUUUCGAGUGUUUUUGCUUGUUAUUCACUUGUUUGAAGCUGUCCUUUUAUGGUCAUGAAAGAAAUAGUAUUUUUUAUGUAGUCCUCGUUAUCACCUUUUCCAAAUAAAAAUACAAAGGUACGAGCGAGAGCUCGGGCACCGCGAAGCCAUAUCAAAGUUGCAACGCAUGGUAGAUGCUGAAAAAUUGCAGGUUAGGAUGCUUAGGGAAGCACAGAACGAGCUGCUGCAGAGCAGAACAGAGCUAGAAAUGCUGUUGCGACAAUGUCUAGACGACGUGAAACUCGAAAUAGCGAAGAAACAGAUGGAGUCCCAGGGCCCCGCGGCACUGAAACAGAAAAGUGAUUUUUUUUGGAAGACAUUUAUUCUUCUUCAAUAUCUUUCUUUUUGGUUUCGUCGUCUUCAACGGAGACCAGUGAUCGAUGUUGAUCGCGCUUCUGAAAUAAACAGAAGUGUAGUUUUUUAAAACUAAAAAGCUUUUCUGAUUGUCACGACCAUGUUUACCAUAACAUCAAACAGAGCCAGCAGCGGAGGCACAGGCGAGUGAGAUAUCGCUUCAUGAGUUGGGACAGCCCGCUAGGGAGCGCGUUCUGGAGCUGUUAUUGUCACAGCAGCGAGUGGUGCAGUUGCUAUACGAUAAGAGCUUCCCAGAUCGACCAUCCACGCCAAAGGAGCAAGCCGAGGAGGGAGACACGGCGCCACCGGACAACUACAAGUGGAUUGAAGAGGCUGUCAAAAAUUAGUCCAUAACUUCCAUGUAGGUACUUAAUCAUCAUGUCUCUUGAGUGGUUCCGCUGAACCAUGACAGGGACACACACAUGAAGGCAGACUGGAGUCGCGACGAACUGGGUGCUCCAGUUCGCGACUUUUUUGCAUAUUGAAGAUUCGUCCUUCCAUUUUGUCAAUACAACUGUAUUUUACACCAGGGUGGGGUGGGUAAGCACAAGCUGAAGCUUAGUUUUUAGUCACGAAGUUAACUGUGUUAACUUAGCCGUUGCGUAAAAAAGUACGUUUAUUCAAAGCCGAUAAAAUUUAGACUGUUAGACGAGUCUAUUGAUUUCGUUUUGUAGUUUCGUUUUUGCAAGAACGCGAGCGUGCGUGUAUAAUGCCGAGCUAAUGCACAAGGAUUCAAGAUGCGACUUCUGGCGGGCUUGCAUGGUUGAAACAUGUCGACGUUUAUAACAGCAAGCACAUGAUAUGUUUGAUUUAGCUUCCAGCUUGCCCCCUUGGUUGUCGCAAGCUGGAGUGUUUCCGAAGGGACCCAUGUUUAGCUAUCUUUACGUUCCAGUUUCAGGCAAGAAG